GUUGAAUACGUUUCGAAGUAUGGCUUCCUAACACUGCUCUUUUCUUUGCGGUGCGACCGUUUACCUUUACCAUUCAAAUCAGUAAGUGGUUAACUGUCGUCAGCAGAGGAAGUAUGAAUUUGGCCAUUGAACAUCAACAACGAUUAUUCCAAUGAAAAAAAGUGUCAUGAAUCAUUUGUUUGCCUGUGAUGGAUUUCAUUUUAUAACACUAUUGUGAAUUGUGAAGACGAUAAAUACGGAAUAGGUGCAUAUAAUAAGUGUGUGGAUUGAAUUUACAUUUGGAUUUCCUGAUCUGAAUAUCCGAUAUAACGGUAUAUUUGUGAAGAUAAUAGACAUUUAGAAAAAAUGAGGUCGGGAUCGGCAGCCGUCGUGAUUUGGCUGGCCGCCUUUGUCUCAUCAAUUUCCUCGCAGGAACUGUUUUCAUGCCCCAACGGUUGGGAAUUACGUGGUUUAAACUGUUACAAAUAUUUUGGCAUUAAACAUUCAUGGGAAAAAGCUGCAGAGCUCUGUAGACGAUAUGGAGCAGAGUUAAUUACAAUCGAUUCAUUUACGGAAAACAAUGUAACGCUAUCCCUUGCUUCAGCGAACGAUAAACGGCUAGCAAACAAAUAUUGGCUGGGUUUAGCAACACUUGACGAUCUACGAACGAAUACAUUAGAAUCAGCAGCCGGCACUUUGGUUUCACAAUAUUCUGGAUUUUGGUCGCUGAAACAGCCAAACCCAGACGUAGGUGAAUGCGUAGCAGUGACAUCCGAAUCACAAUCAGCCCAAUCAUGGGAACUAGAUACGUGUGAAAGUUUGUUACCAUUCAUGUGCAAGUCGGCAGCAUGCCCACAGAAUUCGGUGCAUUGUUCCAAUGGUGAAUGUGUGAACCAAGCAUUUCGCUGUGAUGGUGUAGAUGACUGUGCGGAUGGCUCGGAUGAAAUUGAUUGUCCAGCCAACUGUAACUUUCACAUGCAGUCAAGUGGCGAUGUGAUCGAAUCACCAAACUACCCACACAAAUACAAUGCACUGUCCAAAUGCAAAUGGAUUUUGGAGGGACCAAUCGGUAGCAACAUCAUAUUGCAAUUCCAAGAGUUUGAGACCGAAAAAACGUUUGAUACAGUCCAACUUUUAGUUGGUGGUCGUACAGAAGACAAGGCAGUUUCAUUGGCAACACUUUCGGGACGUGAAGAAUUGGGCAACAAACCGUUUAUCACUGCUUCAAAUUUCAUGAUUGUUAAGUUUACGUCUGAUGGUAGUGUUGAGCGCAAAGGUUUCCGUGCAACAUGGAAAACGGAACCACAAUCAUGCGGCGGCGUAUUGCAGGCAUCAAGCCAAGGGCAAAUAUUAACAAGCAGUGGAUAUCCAAAACUAUAUCCAGCCGGAUUAGAAUGCUUGUACAUCUUGCAAGCACAACCUGGCAAAAUAAUAUCCGUCGAAGUUCAAGAUUUGGACUUGGUUCGCGGACGUGAUUAUCUACUCAUCAGAGACGGUGAAUCGCCGAAUAGUUCAGUUUUGGCGCGUUUAUCUGGCAAGACAGACGAGAAUACGCGAGUAAUAAUUUCAACAGGCAACAAACUUUAUCUGUACUUCAAGACAAGUCUCGGUGAAUCUGGAAAGGGAUUCAAUCUAAGAUACACACAAGGAUGUCGUGCAACACUUCAUGCCUAUAAUGGAACCAUUCAGUCGCCUGCAUUUGGAUUGAGCAACUAUCCAAACAAUCAAGAGUGCAUAUUCAAAGUAAAAAAUCCAAAUCAGACACCUCUAUCACUGCGAUUCGAUAAGUUCAACGUGCAUUCAACCGAUAUGGUGCAAGUGUAUGAUGGUUCUUCGAUAUCGGGUCUUCGGUUACACUCAGGCAAUGGGUUUACUGGAGCAACAAUUCCAAAAAUUACUCUAACUGCUUCGUCGGGUGAAAUGUUGGUUCGAUUCAUUUCUGAUCCACUGCAUAAUGGAGCAGGUUUUUCGGCUACAUUUUCAGCCGAUUGUCCCGACUUAAGACCAGGAGAAGGUGCGCUGGCCUCCAGCAGAGAUACAGCAUUUGGAACAGUUGUACAAUUUACAUGCCCAACCGGUCAAGAGUUUGCUACAGGCAAAAAUAAGAUUCAAACAGUUUGUCAAAAGGGAGGCAAAUGGAGCGUCGAAUACAUAUCAAAAUGUCAAGAAGUUUACUGCGGUCCUGUUCCACAAAUUGACAACGGAUUUUCAAUUUUUUCAUCGAAUGUUACCUACAAUGGUGCUGCUACUUACCAAUGCUAUGCUGGAUUCGCCUUUUCAUCAGGCAAACCCACCGAAAAAAUUUCUUGUUUGGCCAACGGUCAUUGGUCUGCUCAACCGCUUUGCUUAGCAUCACAGUGUCCCCCACUGCCUGAGGUGGCACACGCAAAUGUGACAUUAUUGAAUGGUGGCGGUAGAAGUUAUGGGUCGAUCGUUCGGUACGAAUGUAAUCCGGGCUAUGCACGCUCUGGUCAUCCGGUUCUCAUUUGUAUGUCGAACGGAACUUGGAGUGACGUUGUUCCGACAUGCAUGCGAAAACAAUGUCACCGUAUUCCUGAAGUGAAAAAUGGUUUCAUUGUUGAUACAGAACACCAAUACUUUUUCGGAGAUGAGGCACGCGUUCAGUGUUACAAAGGCUACAAGUUGAAUGGAACAAAUAUCAUACGCUGUAGUUCCGAACAGAACUUUGACAACGUUCCAACUUGUGAGGACAUAAAUGAAUGUAAUCAAUCUCAAUGCGAUUUAGCUUCGACCGAAUGUAAAAAUGCACCGGGUUCGUUCCAGUGCAAAUGCAAAAAAGGUUUUGCACCAACAACGGAGUGUCGUCCCGUUGGUGAACUUGGUUUAGCUAAUAUGGGAAUCUCGGAGGAAAGUAUUAUUGUAUCGUCAACAGAAAAUGGCUUUGAUAAAAACAAUAUUCGAUUGAAUGCAGCUGAAGGAUGGUGCGGAAAUUCAAACGAACCGAGCAAAAACUGGGUUACUAUUGACUUCAAAGCGCCGACCAUUAUUCGUGGUUUCCGUACAAUGUCUGUGCAACGAAACGACGGUCUAGCAUUUACUUCAGCCGUUCGAUUGCAAUAUACUGAUGAUUUGGCUGAUAUUUACAAGGACUACGCCAAUCCAGAUGGUACCGCGGUCGAAUUCAGAAUUUUGGAACCAACUAUUGUGUCGAUUCUUAAUUUGCCAAUUCCGAUCGAAGCCAGAUAUGUACGUUUCCGCAUUCAAGAUUACGUCGGUGCUCCUUGUUUACGAUUGGAUGUGAUUGGAUGUACACGCUUGGAUUGCGUCGAUAUAAAUGAAUGCGCUAAAAAUAAUGGUGGAUGUGAUCAAAAGUGCAUCAAUACCCCAGGUGGCUUUUCGUGUGGCUGCAACUCUGGUUUUGAACUUUUUACAUCUAACGGAACGGCUGGAUACAUGAUUGAGAAAACAGAAUCAGGUCUACGUGACGGCGAUUCAUUGCAAUUGAAUAAAUCGUGUGUGCCAGUUUUGUGUCCGACUUUGGAAUCACCAGAAAAUGGAAUAAUUUUGUCGACCAAAAAGCAGUAUCACUUUGGUGAUUUAGUCAAAAUUCAAUGCGAUUUUGGUUAUGUAAUGGGAGGUAAUUCAGCACUUUUGUGUUUAUCGAAUGGUCAAUGGAAUGGAACAAUCCCGAAAUGCGAACCCGCACAAUGUGUGUCACUUGGUGGUGAUCUAUCUACUGGACUCGAUGUUAUUCGAGCGAAUGUAGAGAGUGUUUUAGUGCCUUUCAAGGAAAAUGUGACUUUAACAUGCAAAUCAGUUGGUAGAAGUUUGAGAAAUACAGCAACAUCAACGUUCAGACAAUGUGUGUACGAUCCAAAACCAGGACUUCCCUUCGACUAUUGGUUUUCUGGUGCUCCACCAAGUUGUGAGAGAGCAAACUGUGGCGAACCUAUGCCAACCCCUGGUGCUGAAUACGGCCAAUACCGUGUGGAUGCAACCAAGUACAAGGACCAAUUCUUCUUCGGUUGCCAAAAUACAUUCAAAUUGGCUGGGCAAACCGAGAAAAAUGAUAACGUCGUACGCUGUCAAUCGAAUGGGAUCUGGGACUUUGGUGACUUACGCUGUGAAGGCCCCGUUUGUGAAGACCCUGGCCGACCAUCGGAUGGUUCGCAAAUUGCACGAAGCUAUGAACAAGGUUCUGAAGUGCUGUUCAGUUGCUCAAGACCUGGCUAUAUUCUUAUAAAUCCGAGACCAAUCACCUGUAUUCGUGAACCAGAAUGUAAAGUAAUCAAACCGUUGGGAAUAACAUCUGGCCGCAUUCCAGAUAGUGCAAUUAAUGCCACUUCCGAACGAAUGAACUAUGAAGCUAGAAAUAUUCGUUUGAAUUCCGUUACUGGAUGGUGUGGUAGACAAGAAGCAUUUACCUACGUCAAUGUUGAUUUGGGUCAAGUGUAUAGGGUAAAAGCUAUCUUAGUCAAAGGUGUUGUUACAAAUGAUAUCGUCGGACGACCGACGGAGAUUCGAUUCUUCUACAAACAAUCGGAGAGUGAAAAUUAUGUCGUAUAUUUCCCCAAUUUCAACCUUACAAUGCGAGACCCGGGUAACUACGGUGAAUUGGCAAUGAUCACAUUGCCGAAAUAUGUUCAAGCCCGAUUCGUAAUCCUGGGCAUUGUAAGUUACAUGGAUAACGCUUGUUUGAAAUUUGAAUUGAUGGGCUGCGAAGAGCCGGUCAAAGAACCCCUCCUUGGAUACGAUUACGGAUACUCGCCAUGUGUUGAUAAUGAGCCACCGGUGUUCCAAAACUGUCCACAGCAACCAAUAAUCGUCCGACGUGAUGCUAAUGGUGCCAUUUUACCGGUGAAUUUCACGGAACCCACGGCCGUUGACAACUCUGGAUCGAUAGCUCGUUUAGAAGUGAAGCCACCCAGCUUCAAAACACCAAUGCACAUCUUCCAAGACACAGUCGUUAAAUAUGUAGCUUUUGAUUAUGAUGGAAACGUCGCCAUUUGUGAGAUAAACAUUACGGUUCCCGAUGUAACUCCACCCAAAUUGAGCUGUCCACAAAGCUACGUUAUCGAACUGGUUGAUAAACUAGACAGCUACACCGUAAAUUUCACGGAUACUCGAAAGAAAAUUACAGCUACUGACGAUUCUGGUGAUGUGAUGCUGUCAUUCAUUCCAUCCAGAGCAACUAUUCCGAUUGGAAAGUUUGAAAAUGUCACAGUCAUCGCAUCUGAUAAAUUUGGAAACAAAGCAUCGUGCAACUUCCAGGUAUCUGUACAAGCAUCGCCGUGCGUCGACUGGGAGCUUCAAGCACCAGUGAAUGGUGCUAUAAAUUGUUUAACCGGAGACCGAGGUAUUGAAUGCAGUGCUUCAUGUAAACCAGGGUUUAGAUUCACCGAUGGAGAUCAGGUCAAAUCAUUCACAUGUGAAAAGUCACGUAUAUGGCGUCCAACUUCGGUUGUACCCGACUGUGUUUCAGAGAAUACCGAGCAAGCCGAUUACCAUGUAACUGCAACCGUUACUUAUCGUGCAAAUGGAGUUGUUAUUCAUUCAUGUUUAUCACAAUAUCAAGACUGGCUUCAACAAUACUAUGGUUCUUUGAACGAAGUUCUUUCGUCACGUUGCUCUGCCGUUAAUGUUAAUAUGAAUGUAUCAUUUAUUCGUUCGAUGUCCACGUUAUUGGAUGAAAAUGUAGUGAGAUUGGACUUUAUUCUAGUGGUGAUACCAGCCAUUCGUCAGCCACAAUUGUACGAUCUGUGCGGUUCAACAUUGAAUUUAAUAUUCGAUCUUUCAGUGCCGUACGCAAGUGCAGUCAUUGAACCUCUGCUAAAUGUGUCGAACAUUGGCAAUCAAUGUCCACCAUUAAGAGCACUGAAAAGUAACAUUGCUCGCGGAUUUGAAUGUAGUGUUGGUGAAGUAUUGAACAUGGACACAAGUAAUGUUCCCCGAUGUUUGCAUUGUCCAGCUGGUACUUACGCAGGAGAAAAACAAAGCUCAUGUACAUACUGCCCACGUGGAUUCUAUCAGAAUCGCGAUAGACAGGGCAAUUGUCUUGCAUGUCCAAGUGGAACAUAUACCCGAGAAGAAGGCUCCAAAUCAAUCAACGAAUGUCUUCCAGUUUGCGGUUAUGGCACAUUUUCGCCAACUGGUAUGGUUCCUUGCCUGGAAUGUCCGCGCAAUUCCUUUUCAGCUGAACCACCAACCGGAGGUUUCAAGGAUUGUCAGGCCUGCCCUGCAAAUACAUUCACUUUCCAACCAGCUGCUCCUUCAAAAGACCGCUGUCGAUCGAAAUGCGCACCAGGAUUCUAUUCAUCAACGGGUCUAUCCCCAUGUAGUGCAUGUCCGCUUCAUUUCUAUCAGAAUGUCGUGGGUACAAAUACAUGUAAUGAAUGUCCAACCAAUAUGAAAACUGACAGUCCAGGUUCAGUUGGACGUGAAGACUGUAAACCUGUAGUUUGUACUGAAAACAGUUGUCAACACGGUGGUUUGUGUGUACCAAUGGGUCAUACAGUACAAUGUUUCUGCCCCGCUGGAUUUUCGGGUCGACGGUGUGAAAUUGAUAUAGAUGAAUGCGCCUCGUCACCUUGUUUUAAUGGUGGUAGCUGUACUGACUUACCUCAAGGAUACCGGUGCAAAUGUCCUCCAGGAUUUACAGGUGAAAAUUGCCAAGAUGAAGAAAGUGACUGUCGAUUAGAUACUUGUCCAACGCGGGCGAUGUGCAAGAAUGAACCUGGCUAUGGAAACUACACUUGUCUGUGUCGCAGCGGCUACACCGGUACCGACUGUGAUAUAACCAUUGAUCCAUGUUUAACAAACGGAAAUCCAUGUUCAAAUGGCGCGGCAUGUAUUGCAUUGAAACAAGGGCGCUUUAAGUGCGACUGUUUACCGGGCUGGAGUGGACAACAUUGUGAAAUUAAUGUGAACGAUUGUGCUGAAAACCCAUGUUUGUUGGGAGCAAACUGCACUGAUUUAAUUAACGAUUUUAGUUGUUCCUGUCCACCUGGAUUUACUGGUAAACGAUGCCACGAAAAGAUCGAUUUAUGUCUAUCUGAGCCUUGUGCGCAUGGUAUUUGUGUCGACCACUUGUUUGACUAUGAGUGCGUAUGCCAUCCUGGAUGGGCCGGCAGAAACUGUGAUUCGGAUAUAAACGAUUGCGAAGAUAAUACAUGUGUCAACGAAGGCACAUGCGUUGACUUGGUUGACGGUUACAAAUGUAAUUGUUUGCCAGGAUUCGAAGGAAAGAAUUGCCAGCACAUGACAGACGACUGUAAGAGCGAGCCUUGUCAAAACGGAGCUUCUUGCAUCGAUGAACUUGAUGGUUAUGUUUGCAAAUGUAGACCUGGCUUUGUGGGAUUACAAUGUGAAGCUGAAAUCGAUGAAUGUUUAUCCGAUCCAUGUAACCCUGUCGGAACGGAAGAAUGUAUUGAUUUCGACAAUCGAUUCAUUUGCAAAUGUCGCACAGGUUAUUCUGGAACCCUCUGUGAAGAAAAUAUCGAUGACUGUAAAUAUGAUCCAUGCCUAAACGGAGGUAAAUGUGUUGAUCGUAUCGGAUCUUAUGAAUGUGUCUGCGCGGACGGAUGGACCGGUCAAAAUUGUGAGAAAGAGGUGGAAAUGUGCUCGGUUGCAAGUGGCACCUGCAAGAAUGAUGCCACCUGUAUUAACCUCUUCCAAGACUAUUUCUGUGUCUGCCCUAAGGGUACCGAUGGAAAACAAUGCGAAGUUGCACCAGAACGAUGUGUCGGAGAUCCAUGCAUGCAUGGUGGAACUUGCAGAGAUUUCGGAUCGGGUUUAAACUGCUCUUGUCCAGAAGAUUACACAGGCAUUGGUUGCCAGUACGAAUUUGAUGCAUGCGAAGCCGGACAAUGCAAAAAUGGGGCAUCGUGCAUCGAUAAAGGACAGGGAUACACUUGUAUUUGCCAACCAGGAUUCACUGGCAAAAACUGUGAAAAUGAUAUUGUGGAUUGUAAGGAAACGUCAUGUGCACCAGGCGCAACAUGCAUUGAUUUGCCUAGUGGAUUCUAUUGCCAAUGUCCAUUCAACUUGACUGGUGAUGAUUGCCGUAAAACAAUUCAAGUGGACUAUGACUUGUACUUCAGCGAUCCAACACGUUCAACAGCUGCUCAAGUCAUUCCGUUCUAUACGAGUGGCAGCAAUAGUCUCACAAUUGCAAUGUGGGUGCAGUUCUCACAAAAAGAUGACUCCGGCAUCUUCUACACACUUUAUGCAGUCGAUUCAGCACAUGUCACAACCAAGCGACGAUUAAUUCUGCAAGCUCACUCAAGUGGAGUUCAAGUUUCACUGUUCGGUGAUUUGCAAGACGCAUUCUUGUCAUUCAGAGAAUACGCUACGAUUAAUGAUGGCCAAUGGCAUCAUAUUGCCGUGGUAUGGGAUGGUAAAACUGGCCAACUCUUACUGAUCACCGAAGGCUUGAUAGCCAGUAAGACUGAAUAUGGAAGUGGCAGACAACUACCAGAUUAUGUAUGGGCAGUUUUAGGUAAACCACAGCCCGAGCAAUUAUCUUUAUCGUCGGUUGCAUACACUGAAGCCGGAUUCCAAGGUCGUGUCACGAAAGCUCAAAUUUGGUUGCGCGCUUUAGAUGUUACAUCGGAAAUUCAGAAACAAGUGCGUGAUUGUCGCAGUGAGCCAAUUUUGUAUCGUGGUCUGAUUCUCAACUGGGCUGGCUAUGAAAUAACAUCGGGAGGCGUUGAACGUUUGGUACCAUCGACAUGCGGCCAAAAGAAGUGUGCUGCUUCGCACAGUGGUCCAACAUGUAGUCAGGUCGAUGUUGAUAAAGAGCCACCGCAUGUUCAACACUGUCCAGGAGAUUUAUGGAUUAUUUCACGUAAUGGAUCGGCACAAGUGACUUGGGAUGAACCUGAAUUUGUCGAUAAUGUUGGCGUAACACGAGUUAUUGAACGAAGUGGACAUCGCUCUGGUCAAACAUUACUUUGGGGCACUUAUGAUAUCACAUAUCUCGCAUCUGAUGCGGCCGGCAAUACAGCAAGCUGCAGCUUCAAAGUGUCGGUUCUAUCCGAAUUCUGUCCACCGUUAGCCGAUCCAGUUGGUGGCAAUCAAGUUUGCAAGGAUUGGGGAGCUGGUGGCCAAUUCAAGGUAUGUGAGAUUAGCUGUCAUCAGGGUCAACGUUUCUCCGAACCGGUUCCAGAAUUUUACACAUGCGGUGCGGAAGGCUUCUGGCGUCCAACAACAAAUCCAUCUCAACCACUCAUCUAUCCGUCAUGUUCACCGUCGAAACCAGCGCAAAGAGUUUUCAGAAUCAAAAUGAUGUUCCCAUCUGACGUGCUAUGUAACGAAGCUGGUCAAGGUGUCUUGAGACAACGAGUACGAAAUGCUAUUAAUUCGUUGAACAGAGACUGGAACUUCUGUUCAUACUCCGCCGAAGGAUCAAGAGAAUGCAAAGAUAUCAAGAUUGACAUUAACUGCGACCAUUAUCGCGGUGGAAACGCGAAUCGUGUUCGUCGACAAGUAACUGAAGAAGAUACUAGCGGAGGAACAUAUGUUGUGGAUGUUAAUAUUCCAAGCGAACGAAACGUAGCUACGGAUACAAAUGAUGCAGCCACACGAGGUCGUGAAAGUAGACAGCAAGGUGGUGAUACGUAUACAUUGGAAAUCGCGUUUCCAGCUGUUGUUGAUCCAAUUCUGCAUUCUUCGACUGGAGAGAGAUCAGACGUCAAAACUCUAUUACAAAAAUUAAUCCUUGAAGAGAAUCAAUUUGCUGUACAAGAUAUUUUACCAACUACUAUUCCUGACCCAUCUUCCUUGAGCUUAUCAUCUGAAUAUGCUUGUCCAAGUGGCCAAGUGGUUAUGGUACCAGACUGCGUGCCAUGCGCGGUAGGAACAUAUUUCGAUCAAACAAAUAAAACAUGUAAUCCAUGCCCACAAGGAAGUUAUCAAUCGGAGACUGGACAGUUGCAAUGUUUGAGAUGUCCGAGCAUUGCGGGCAGAAUUGGCGUAACAGCUGGCAGUGGAGCACGUUCAGCUGCAGAUUGCAAAGAACGUUGUCCACCUGGUAAAUUCUUGGACACUGAAAGCGGUCUUUGCCGAUCAUGCGGUCACGGUUUCUAUCAACCAGAAGAAGGUUCAUUCUCAUGUCUUUUAUGCGGUCUUGGUCAAACAACACGUUCGGCAGAGGCAACAUCUCGUGAGGAAUGUCGUGAUGAAUGUGCAUCCGGUCAACAGUUGGGCAGUGAUGGUCGAUGCGAACCUUGCCCUCGUGGCUCAUAUAGAUCGCAGGGCAUUCAACCCACAUGUCAAUCUUGUCCAUUAGGACGAACUACACCAAAAGUUGGUGCGUCAUCGAUUGAAGAAUGUUCACUACCAGUGUGUCAACCAGGCACUUAUCUAAAUGGUACAUUGAAUCUGUGUGUGGAGUGCAAGAAAGGCUUCUACCAAUCCGAACCACAGCAAACAUCUUGUAUUGCGUGCCCACCAAAUCAUAGUACGAAAUCAAUCGGUGCUACAAGCCGUUCUGAAUGUACGAACCCAUGUGAAACUAUCAAAGAAGGUCAAACUCAUUGUGACCAAAACGCAUAUUGCAUUCUGGUUCCUGAAACAUCCGACUUUGAAUGUAAAUGCAAACCCGGCUUCAAUGGAAAUGGCACCGAAUGUACGGAUGUAUGUGAAAAUCAUUGUGAUAAUGGCGGCACAUGCGUCAAAGAUCUGAAAGGAACACCGUCAUGUCGAUGCUCGGGAUCAUUUACCGGUCCACGUUGCUUGGAACGAUCUGAAUUUGCAUACAUUGCUGGUGGAAUCGCCGGUGUAGUGAUAUUCAUCGUUAUUAUUGUUCUAUUGAUUUGGAUGAUUUGCGUACGUUCGACGAAAAAGAAAGACCCAAAGAAAAUGCUUACGCCUGCCAUAGAUCAAACUGGAUCACAAGUUAAUUUCUACUAUGGAGCACAUGCACCGUAUGCAGAAUCAAUUGCACCCUCCCACCAUAGCACCUACGCACACUACUACGAUGACGACGAAGAAGAUGGUUGGGAAAUGCCAAAUUUUUAUAAUGAUACUUACAACUUGAAAGAAGGCAUGCACGGGAAUAAAGAUGACCUCUACGAUAGACUUAAACGACAUGCCUACCCUGGAAAAAAAGAAAAGAGUGACAGUGACAGCGAAAUAGGACACUAAAUACAAGCAAUAGAACGAAAAAACGCAUCGAAGGAAAUUUAUCACGAACAAAUCAUUGUAGUUUCAUUGUAAUUUAAUUAAUUGAUGAAUUAGGUUAAAAAAAAUGAAAUUAUUUACGAGAAAAGUCUCUGGUCAUUUUGUAUAAAACUUGUUUUUAAUUUAGAGAUUUAUUAUAGAAAAAAAAUACAAGACCGAUAAACCAAUUCAAUACUCACUAGAGUAUUCUAAUUUCUCGCCAUUUAAGAUUAUUUAAUACAAUGUCGAAAAAAAAUUAAUAGAUAUAUAUAAAUUCUAUGCUGUUUUCUAUUCAUGAGUUCUUCAUAGCUGCUACUUAAGCGAUCCACAAGCGAUACAAUUCCUUAGCAAAACUAAGAAAUACUCUCGAAACAGAUGGCAGUAAAGUAGGGAAAUUUGUUGUUUUUUUUAUUAGAAUGACUGCAAUUGUCUCUCUUUUUCAAAUCACAUGGAAGUUAUUCGAAUACACCACACAACUAAUUCUAAGGCGUUUGUAAUCUUUAAGCUUUUAUGAAAAGAUUAUAAGCCUGUAAGCCUGUAAAUUGAGACAAAAAUUAUGAAAAUAAAAUUAAAUUAAAAUAA